UGCGCCCCUCCGGGGCCGCGUGGGCUCCGAACUGCCCUCCGCGCCCACGUGGACGUCAGCACGCGCCACGCGUUCAUGCUCGGUGCCCGGGAGCCUGCCGCAGGUUGGCGCGCAGAGAGGGAGCCGGCGCGGCCCUGCUGCUCCGCAACAUAGGUUUUAGAACGAGGACGCACGGGAGUAAAUAAACGAAGCAAUCCCGGGCCGACGUACGCCCGAAGGGAUGAGCCGGCCCUGAGAUCUGGGGCGAGCACCAGGCAGAAGGGUCGGAAGCAGGGGCCCCGCGGUGGCUGGAGAUGGGUCCAGAAGCAGCCUGGGCUGUCACUACCAAGUGUAUGUAGUUCAUCGAGCACGGGUGUAUUCGUGCAAACCACACCAUUCCUGGGGGUGUCGUCGCUGUCAUUACCCCCGUUUUAUGGAGGAGGUGGGGCGCAGAGAGGUUUCCUUGCUCAAGGUCUCACACUUGGGGUAAAGUGGAAACCCUCCUGGCAAGGGCGGGAUGUAAUUGCAAUACACAGGGAAGUGGCAUGUUGUGAUGAUUGUUUUCAGAGUUAAUACAUGAGAUUUACCGUCCAACCAUACAAUUCAGUGGCAUUGGGUGCCUUCUCAUGACACAGCCAUCACCAGCCUCUAUCUCGACUGCUUUCCAUCUUCCGAAGUUGGAUUCCAUACCUGUUUUUUUUUUUUUUUAAAGAUUUUAUUUAUUUAUUUGAGACAGAGAGAAUGAGAGAGAGAGAGCACAUGAGAGGGGGGACGGUCAGAGGCAGCAGCAGACUCCCUGCCGAGCAGGGAGCCCGAUGCGGGACUCGAUCCAGGGACUCCAGGAUCAUGACCUGAGCCGAAGGCAGUCGCUUAACCAACUGAGCCACCCAGGCGCCCGGAUUCCAUACCUGUUAAAUAACUCCCUAUUCCCUCCUCCAGCCCCCGGCACCCACCAUUUUAAUUUUUGUCUCAAUGGAAUUUGACUACUCUGGGGGCUUCACCGUGGAAGCAUACAGUAUUUGUCCUUUAGGAUCUGACUUAUUUAGCAUAAUGUUCUCAAGUUUCGUUCACACUGUGGCGUGUGUCAGAAUUUCGUUCACUUUUAAAGCUGAGUAAUAUUCGGGGCGUCUGGGUGGCUCAGUCCUUAAGCGUCUGCCCUCGGCUCAGGUCAUGAUCCCAGGGUCCUGGGAUCGAGCCCCGCAUCGGGCUCCCUGCUCCGCGGGGAGUCUGCUUCUCUCUCUCCCACUCCCCCUGCUUGUGUUCCCUCUCUCGCUGUGUCUCUCUCUGGCAAAUAAAUAAAUAAAAUCUUUUAAAUAAAAAUAAAGCUGAGUAACAUUCUUGUGAUUUUUUUUUCUUUUUUUAAGUCCUGGCAGCUACUUAGAAACGGGAGGUGGGACAGGAGUUGCGGAAAAUGGAGCCUGGCCGAACUGCCCAUCCUGGUGGGAGGGCUGGUGGCAGCAGGGGAGCUGGAGGAAGAGGGUGUGCAUGAAUUGAUUUGGGGCAGACUGGGUGAAUGAGCACAGAUGGGGUAGGUUCUCUUAAGAGUCAGACCUAGUUUGAGGUUCUUGGCUUUGGCACUUACCAGUAGUUAAGUGACCUCGGGCAAACUGAUCUGACAGAGCCUCCUUUUCCUUCCCUGUGAGAUGCAAAGAUUGAAGGAGGCAACGUGUGGGGAAGCCCACUGCUGGGGCUCUUGGACCAAAGUGAUUGCCGGUAAAGCAAGAUCACAGGAGCUGGGACCAGGUUUCCAGAGGAGGCCCAGGAAGGCUUCCGGGAGAAGGAGGCCCUUGAGGCUGGCCGGGGAAUGGUACAUCUAGUGCUCUGGCUUCUGGCAAGAGGCGGAUGUGAGGCGGCAGCUGCGAUCAGCCCCCAAAGCCCUCCUCCGUCCCGAGAUUGCACCAGCUCACUUUAAGGGGGCCAGAACGCACAGCUCCAGAGUAGGGCGGGCCCGAGGGCCAGGAAUCUCCGAAAGGGCGGGUUUUGCAGCGCGCGACGCGGGCCUUCCCAGCGGGAGAGGCCGGACUGAGGCAGACUAACAGGAAGCCGAGUGCAGCUGGCUGGCGGCUGGCGGCUGCCGGUUGGGGUCCGCGGCCGCAUCGCCAGGGCUGCGGGGAGGGGAGGGACCCGGAGGCCUUCGCCGGCGGUCCCAGCCCCGAGCAAGGGGCGUGCUGACUGGGCGGGACCCGAGGCCUGGCCCUCUCGGGAACGCGCCGGCGGACGGCGCCCAGCCUCGAGCGCAGGUACGCGCAGGGCGCGGGCGGGCGGCGGGGACGGCGAGGUUGGGGGGCCUCUCCCGGCCAGGACCAGCCCCCAAGCCGUCGGAGCCCGGAAUGUGCAGACCACUGCCCUCAUCAGCAGACCUAGGUUCCCCAGGCUCCUCUGCACACAGGUCUCCCUGCUUGCUGCCUUUCCAGUCCUGAGGUUCUCAUUCCCCAGCCCUAUUUCAACUAUGAUCUGUUCAGCUGAGGCUUUGGGCUCUGUGGAUCAGCUGGCCUGGCUCAAGGACUGCCCCCAAGCCAGAAUCCCCAUUGCCCUGAGUAGGAGGGCCCAUCCCCACUCCCUUCCACUCCUCCCCCUGACUCUGCAGCCUCCCUGGGCCCUGCCUGAGCAGGCCUGUUUGGCAGGCUGGGACAUGUCUGGACCCCGAGGACAGCCGGUGGGCGAUGGCUGCAGAGGUGGAGGGGCUGGAGCCCGAGGCAGCUGCUACAGAAGAUGCUGCGGGAGAUGCUGCGGAUGCUGUGGAUGCGGAGCCUGGGGACCCCCCUCUCCUGGUUGGGAACCGGUUGAACCUGGACCUGUACCCUCGGGGCUGCCACCGGCUGCUGAAUCUGUGUGCCCAGCGGCCCCCUCAGCUGCUGGAAGUGGAGUUCUUGCGGCUGAGUGGCCACGAGGACCCUCGGCUGCUGGAGGCUACCCUGGCCCAGGUGCCGUGCAGCCUGCAGCACCUUCGCUCCCUGGUCCUCAGAGGCAGACAACAUCGGGACGUGCUGGGUGCCUGCUCCCGGGGCUCCCUGACCACACUGCCAGCUGGCCUGAGUGGCCUGGCCCGCUUGGCCCACCUAGAUCUGAGCUUCAAUAGCCUGGAGACACUGCCGGCCUGCAUCCCACAGAUGCGUGGCCUGAGCAGCCUCCUGCUGUCUUACAACAGCCUUUCAGAGCUGCCUGAGGCCCUCGGAGCCCUUCCCUCCCUCACCUUCCUCUCUGUGAGCCACAACGGCUUGCAGACGCUCCCUACAGCGCUGGGAUCCCUAUCCACCCUGCAGCGCCUUGAUCUCUCAGAGAAUCUUCUGGACACCCUGCCCCCUGAGAUUGGAGGCCUGAGCAGCCUCACCGAGCUCAAUCUGGCUUGCAACCGGCUGCAGGGCCUCCCGACCUCCCUUGUGGGGCUACGGUCCUUGCGGUUCCUUGUUUUGCACAGCAACCUCCUGACCUCAGUGCCUGCCGGCCUAGCCCACCUCCCGCUGCUCACCCGACUGGAUCUGAGGGACAACCAGCUCCGGGACGUGCCCCUCGAGCUACUGGACGCCCCCUUUGUGCGCCUUCGGGGGAACCCCCUGGGCAAGGUUCUACCUGCCUCCCACAGUCCCCCAGAGACGCCCGUGACCCCCGAAAUGCCCAGACUGUUCCUGAAUUCAGAUUUGGACAGCUUCCUUGUGACUCCCCAAGGCUGCUCAGUGACCCUGGCCUGUGGGGUCCGCCUGCAGUUCCCUGCUGGGGCCACCUCUAGCCCUGUCAACAUCCAGUAUCGACUCUGGCUGCCGGAGCCACACCUCGUCCCCUUGGGUCCCCAUGACUCCCUGCUCAGUGGGGUCCUGGAGCUGCAGCCCCACGGGGUGGCCUUCCGGCAGGAGGUGGGCCUGUGGCUACUCUUUGUGCCCCCCCGGGCCCGGCGUUGCCGUGAGGUGGUGGUCAGGACCCUGAGUGAUGACAGCUGGAGUGACCUGGAGACUUACCUGGAAGAAGAGGCACCCAAGAGGCUCUGGGCUCACUGCCAGGUGCCCCACUUCUCGUGGUUCCUCGUGGUUUCACGUCCUGUGUCCAACACCUGCCUGGUGCCACCGCAGGGGACGUUGCUGUACUCCUCAGGACAUCCUGGGGUCAAGGUCACAUUCCCCCCUGGGGCCACCAAUGAGCCUCGUCACGUCCGCAUGCAGGUGGUGCACGUGGGCAGCAGAGAGCUUCGAGCCCUGCUGGAGGAGCCUGAGGCGGCGGCGAGCCCCCUGCUGUGCCUCUCCCAGAGUGGCCCCCCCAGCUUCCUCCGGCCUGUCACUGUGCAGCUGCCUCUGCCCCCUGGUGUCACAGGCCUGAGUCUGGAUCGCGCUUGUCUUCACCUGCUGUACCGGACCCCUCCUGAAGUAGCCUGGGAUGACAUCACAGCUCAGGUGGCACUGGAGAUCACCCACCUGUACGCUCGCUUCCAGGUCACACACUUCUCUUGGUACUGGCUCUGGUACACCACCAAGACCUGCGUGGAGGGCCUGGCUCGGAAGGCCUGGGAGCGCCUGCGACUGCACAGGGUGAAUCUCAUUGCCCUGCAGAGGCGCCGAGACCCCGAGCAGGUUCUGCUCCAGUGCUUGCCCGGCAACAAGGUGGAUGCCACCCUGCGGCGGCUGCUGGACCGGUACCGAGGCCCUGAGCCCUCUGACACGGUGGAGAUGUUCGAGGGCGAAAAAUUCUUUGCUGCCUUUGAGAGGGGUAUUGACGUGGAUGCUGACCGCCCGGACUGCGUGGCGGGCAGGAUCUGCUUUGUGUUUUACUCACACUUGAAGAACAUGAAGGAGGUGUAUGUGACCACCGCCCUGGACCGGCAGGCUCAGGCUGUGAGGGGUCAGGUGUCCUUCUACCGGGGAGCAGUGCCCGAGGAGGUACCUGAGGAGGCAGAGGCUGCCCGGCAGAGGAAGGGCACAGACUCCCUCUGGAUGGCCACUCUGCCCAUCAAGCUGCCGAGACUACGGGGGUCCCAGGGGCCAGAGCAGGGGCAGGGGACCAGCCUCUCCCUGGCCCCUCUGACCCUGGGUGAUGCCGAGACUGGCUUCCUGACCCAGAGCAACCUGCAGAAUGUGGCUGGGCGCCUGGGCCCUGACUGGCCAGCCGUGGCCCUGCACCUGGGCAUGCCCUACCGUGAGCUGCAGCGCAUCCGACAUGAGUUCCGGGACGACCUGGAUGGCCAGAUCCGUCAUAUGCUCUUCUCCUGGGCUGAGCGCCAGGCCGGGCAGCCAGGGGCUGUGGGGCUCCUAGUGCAGGCCUUGGAGCAGAGCGACCGGCUGGAUGUCGCUGAAGAGGUGAGGGCUGUCUUGGAGCUCGGCCGCCAGAAGUACAAGGACAGCAUCCAGCGCACAAGCCUGGCCCCCAGGGGCCUUGCCCCACCUGAGCCUUCAGCAUCACAGUCCCCAGAGUCUGCCCAGGCCUAGACCCCACUGACUUUGGGCGGGCCGCUGAUGGACCCUGGCCAAUGGUCAGAGGCCCCCAUUUUCAAGCUUUCCCUGUGUAUGGGGACAGUGACCUCCCAUGUGUAACAAAUAUGUCCUGUUUUGGCUGCU